GACUGCCGAGGCGGUGGGCCACGCGCGGACAAACAGAGCAAGUCGGCGAGAGGAGGUGGGGCCGCUGCCGACUUUGGAAGGGAGGCUGACACCCAGGGCCCAGUGUCCGACGGUCCAUGUGCGUCGGCGGACGGGCAGAUACGGCUCCCCUUUCCUGGCUGCGCUGAGAGCCUGACUACCCGAGAGGCCGAGACUCCCCUUAUAAAUUGGGUGACCGUGUCCAGGCUGGUCGUCGCCCUCCCCGUCUUCUCCCGGCCUAUUACACGAAAGCAGAGGGGGGCAAGGAGCGAGCGCCGGAGAGCUUGGAGUGGGACUUGUGCCUGCGCGCCGCACAUUCAGCGAGUGAAGAUCGAAAUGGCGCGGAUCCCAGCUCACGCUGCUCUCUGCUCACUUGCUCUGCUCUUCCUGCUUCCAGCCGCCUGGUCGGCGACGUUCACGAUGACCAACAACUGCGGCUACACGGUGUGGCCGGGCCUGCUGUCGGGAGCCGGCACGGCCCCGCUGUCCACGACGGGGUUCGCGCUGGCGCACGGCGCGUCGGCGACGGUGGACGCCCCCGCGAGCUGGUCGGGCCGCAUGUGGGCGCGCACGCUCUGCGCCGCCGACGCCGCCACGGGCAAGUUCGCCUGCGCCACGGGCGACUGCGGCUCCGGCAGCGUCCAGUGCAACGGCGGCGGCGCCGCGCCGCCCGCCACGCUGGCCGAGUUCACGCUCGACGGCUCCGGCGGCCUCGACUUCUUCGACGUCAGCCUCGUCGACGGGUACAACGUCCCGAUGCUCAUCGUCCCGCAGGGCGCGGGCGGCGCCGCCGGCGGCGGCACCAACGGGUCCGCCGACUCCGGCAAGUGCAUGGCCACGGGCUGCCUCGUCGACCUCAACGGCGCGUGCCCGGCCGAUCUGAGGGUCAUGGCCACCGCCUCGGCAUCCACGGGCGCCGGCGCCGGCGGCGGGGCCGUGGCGUGCCGCAGCGCGUGCGAGGCGUUCGGGACGCCGCAGUACUGCUGCAGCGGCGCCUACGGCAACCCCAACACGUGCAAGCCGUCGACCUACUCGCAGUUCUUCAAGACGGCGUGCCCGCGCGCCUACAGCUACGCCUACGACGACUCCACCUCCACCUUCACGUGCGCCGCCGGCACCAGCUACGCCAUCACCUUCUGCCCGAGCACCACCAGCGGGAAGUACUCUGGCGAGAACCCGCAGGCCGCGGGCGUGCAGCCCACGAACGGCAGCAUGGUCUACCUCGGCGGCGAGCAGCUCGCCACCGGCGGCGCCGCCCGCUCCUCGCCCCUCAUCUUGGCGGCCGCCGCCCUCGCCGCAGUCGCGCUGCUCUGAGCCGACCAGCUGGCCGGGCAGCCGCCACUCCGUGUGAAAUGGCGCGGCAAGAGUCGUCGCCGCCUCGCCGUUGUACAGCAGCGAGCGCACCCACCACCUGCUGGAGCGCCUUGUCCUUGUCCGGCGCGCCGC